AUGAGUCGAUACAUUUUCACACUGAUUGCUAUAUCCCUCACAUUCUUCCCUAUUCCUGUUGCGUCGUAUACACACUAUCGGGACGCGGAAUCCUGCGAUCUCGUUGGCGACGGUGAUAUCUAUGGCAAAGGCAUCCGCUACUCCCUCUAUAUUCAAUGUUUCACCUUAAUCCUUGCACCUCUAGGUGCAUCAACUCAAGAUGUACACGCAUUACGUAUUGGUUUAAAUGCAGUUGCAACAGCAGUUAUAUUCAAUUUUCUGAAAGACAUCCCCCGUAAGGGUUUUCUGUUUCUCGAAUUCUGGAUUAUUGUUGCGAUGCUGCAGUUCAUCUUGUGGGUCUGCAACUGGAUCUCUUUUAUGUUCGUCCUAAAACCAGUAAUGAGAGACACAAGGUUAGAGGUUUUGGAUCCCACUUCCCUUCUUUUAUCGGUGUUCUUCUUCAUCGUGCCGAGAAAAGGAGCAGAUAAAGAAGAGUUUUGGGGAACAUUAAGCCAGUCAGUCGGCUACCGCCAAGGGUGCGAAGCUAAAAUGAAUUUCUAUGGCAAUAGCGACCUAUAUCACAAAAACUGGGUUGCUUUUCUCAAAGCCAUGUGUAUUUUAUCGAUACCUCUGAUUGUCUCCGCGAUUAUGAAUUUUCUUUGGAUAUACUUCAUGCAUCUACUCGGGUUCUUUGACGAGUUCGAACAGAAUCCUGAGGAUGAGCCGAAGUCCGCCCCCUGCACUCCAUGUGCAGUUCAAAAGUUUUUAGUCGGAUGUAUAUGCUCCAAAUUGGACACACCAAACUGGCCCUACACAACACCUCCUCGCAUCAUUUCUGGACACAAAGUUUCUCGAAUGGCCAAGUGGUGCGCAGCCUUUGGUUUCGUUGCUUGUGUUUCUAGUGUAAUUUGGACAGAAAAUACCAUCGACGCCAAUAACAUCGAUCUAUCAGCAGCCACUAUCACUUCAUCAGGUCAGCUCAUUCCGCUUAUUGUCACGGCAUUUACUUCUGUACCAACAUUGUGGUCUGUUUUUCGUCGAUUUGUGAGAUGGUGUAUUCAUAUAUUGAACGGGUUUCGACGGUCUAAGAAUACUUUAACUGACGAAAGCACUGGGGGAAUUGAUCUAGGGCUUGUGGAACCAGUAAAUGAGAGUGCUGGUUCAAUAAUAGCGGAAACCAGUAUGGUAGACGCCGGUGAUAUCGUUUAG